CUCCCUCCUGACGCGGCAGAAACUGCAUCAACUAUGGCUGCCACCAAGCGCAUCAACAAGGAGCUGCAGGACCUGACCAAGGACCCGCCCUCCACCUGCAGCGCGGGCCCCGUGGGCGACGACCUCUUUCACUGGCAGUCCACCAUUAUGGGCCCGAAGGAGUCACCGUAUGAGGGCGGCAUCUUUUUCUUGAACAUCAACUUCCCCUCCGACUACCCCUUCAAGCCGCCAAAGGUGACCUUCACGACGAAGAUUUACCACUGCAACGUCAACAGCAACGGUAGCAUCUGCCUCGACAUCUUGCAGAGCCAGUGGUCGCCCGCGCUCACGGUCUCCAAGGUGCUGCUUUCGGUCUGUUCGCUGCUGACCGAUCCCAACCCGGACGACCCGCUCGUGCCCGAGAUUGCGCGGCUCUACAAGCAGGAUCGGGGCAAGCACGACGAGACGGCCAAGGAGUGGACGCGAAAGUACGCCAUGUAGGCCAGCUACUUCUUGGAUGCGUUGUCUGUUGUGCGGUUUUUGGACAGUAUACGUGUACCUCUAUCCUCUUUUGCGUUUGGCUCUCGCCAUAACGCAUAAGAAAAAACGACUUUACGC